AUGGGUAUCAAUUCCGCCUUGGUACUUGAUGGUACUUGGAAGGAUUGUACUCUGUACAAGAUAGGUGUGGAGACUGGAGUUGAAGUUGGAGGUACAUGGGUGGAGUUGAGGAUAUAUAUAGAGGUCCCAAAAGACGAAGACAUAGUCUUCGUCGAUCGCCGCGCCCCCCGCCGCAUAUCCCACCAAAUCGUCCGCGAAAGACGUCCUUCCCAUUCCCGCCCCGUCUCCCGCAUCUCGGAAACGGUCAUAAGACAACAUGGUCACCACCGACCCUCUACCUCCAUGUCCGAAAUCCACCGGCAUUCAAGCUCCAUGUCAGAAAUCCACCGUGCUCCACCAAGUCAUCGACAUUCUACCUCGGUGACGGAAAUCCACCAUUUUCCUGCUCCCCCGACUCCAGAACCAGCCAUUCUUGUUCCCAUACCUACAAUUGUUACUUCAUCACAUCCUUCAGCUACGAUGGGAUAUCCCCCGCCUCCUAUGUCGGCGGCGCCUUCUCCGCCACAUCCAUAUAUACCACCCCCCUCACCCUCUAUCAUGCCCGCGAGCCCAAUGCCUUCAUAUCGCGAUUUAUCACUCCCUCGAGUGCCGACACUUCCAGAUGAAAGCAGGAUUGAAUUGAUAGAAGUAGAGGAGGAACAUUGGCCGCCGCGUUCGCGUUCGCAUUCGCAUUCUCGUGGGAGAUCGAGUCCAAACGCAAGCGCAAGUGUGAGCGUGAGCCAUGUGUCAAGGAGGAAAAGCAAGAGGGGGAGUGUUACGAAUAGGGAUAAUAGGGAGAGGGAAAGGGAGAGGGGUGCGGAGAGAGACGAUACUUAUAUACAGCGGGAUCGCAUUGUUGAGCGAGGUGCGCCGUCGCCGCAUCAUCCUCCAAGUCCGAAUUCGUAUGGUGAGAGAGGAGGUAGGGGAAGUAGAGGGAGUGAAACACAGGAGCCUGUGCAGAGUGGUUAUCGUACUGUAGAGGGUACGGGAUGGGAUGAUAGGAAUCGGAGACCGAAUAGAGGGAGAUGA